AUGGUGGAUUAUAUUGCAUUAUCAUACAAAUUUUCAUCCAUAUUCGGAAUGACUAUUUCAUUGCGUUCACUGAGGUCCCGUAUCACACAAGGUUCACUAAUCAAAAGUCUUCACAUCAAGAAAUCUAUCGCCGAUAAGUUUUCCAACAGGUUCCAGACUGAUCGUGUGAUGUAUUUUGGUCCCGAAUUAGCUUGCUUAGAAUGGUUAAUGGAAUGUGGCUCUACUGAGGUUAUAAUGAGUGAUGGAACAUCGAUCACAUGUAGAUCAAACAUGCGGCGCUAUAUUAGUGAUUUUGGUUUCAAUUUGAAAAAUAUCCCAAUCGCCACGACUUCCUUCAAAUGGAGUCCAGUGCUGCCAACAAUUAGUAUGAAAAAGCUUAAUGCCAUUUAUGAUAUGCGGUGGGCUAAAAAACCGAAUGUAUAUAUUGUUAAGGUCGAUGGGACUGAUUCAGCUAUUAGUGAUUCUGGUUUUCAGUACUUCAAAGAAUGCCGACAAAUAGAAGUGUUGAAAUUGAAUUUUUGUGACUUCUUUACCGACAAAGCAAUUGAACAUCUUGUCUCGGGACGACCUUCACGAACUUUACGAAACAUUGAAAUUGUUGCAAAUCCUUACAUCAGUGAUUAUUUCAUGAAAGGGAUUAAACGAAUACGUGGAUUACAGCGAGCGCAUUUUUACUUUUUACCAUGCGUAGCACAACAAACAGACGCAUUACAAAGUUUGAAAGCUUCUUUGCCAUGUUGUAGAGUUAGUUUCCCGGAAAUAAAAGAAGUCGGUUACGGAUAUGGUUAUAAUGCUGAAGACAGUAAUAUAUGGUAA